AUGUUCAAAACGACGAUCUCAAGAUAUAUGUUCUCCGGUAUUUUGCAGGAUGAGUUCAGUGAAUGGUACACUGAACUACCCGUCACCGCUAGAUUGGUGGUUUAUAUUACAUUUUUGGGGACUAUAAUGUUCCUUAUUUUUUUGAUACUGAAAUUCCUGAGCGAUUGUGACGUGGAAGAUGACACGGAGAGGUUCCCAGCGAUGGCAGGAGAAGAAGUCACCGAUUGGGUGCCGUUGGUCAACGAGACGUUGGAAGUAACGGGUAAAGGAGACUUGGAAACGGCGUCGUUCAGCUCUGCGGAGGAUGUGGACUACUCGACAUAUUGUGUCAUAUGUUUCGAGGAACGGAGAAACUGUUUCUUCGUACCGUGCGGUCACUCUGCCACUUGUCGCGGCUGUGCUGAGAAGAUCAUGUCGGAAGAAAACAAGGUGUGUCCGAUUUGCCGGAGGAUCAUACGCAAAUCUAAGAGAUUAGUACUCAAGUUUUAA